AGGUUAUAUUUCUUUCGUAUACGGGUGCGUUUCGACAUUCACUGGCAGUACUGACAGUACUGUGGUCGUCGUGGCCGUUAUUCCAGCCUGAAAGUAACAGCAGCAAUAUAGAAACGCUCCUGCAGUUCUACUCAAUGACGUCAUAUCGUCAGUACUUACAGUGAAUAUCGAAACGCACCCCAUGUGUGUCCAUGUGCCAAUGCUGUCCGUUUUCGCUAGUCCUAGUCACGUUUCAACAGUCAAGUCGGCAAUAUUCGUGCAUCAGACUCCCUAUAUCAUCGACUUUCUAUAUUACAAUUGAUUCUUUAGCAGAAUUUGACAACAAGUUGAAAACUGACAAAGCUUACAGAAGUAAAGUGAUUUUGCAUCUAUCUACAAUAGGUGGAAAAAAUUCCAAAAAAAUCACGAUGGCAAUCAUGGGAAGAAUCAUCCAUUGCACUCUUACAACAAAAUACAGUUGGAAAGGGGGGAAAGGCAAACGACAAUUUUGUCUUUUUAAUGGAUUGCUGACUGCCGUCAUUUGUGCAACUAGGCAUACUAAACAUAUAGAUACAGUGGUUGCACCUGAUGCUACUAAAGAUGUUAUUACAGAUGGGAAGCAAAGCAACAGAAUGAAAGAAACCCAGAUCUUCAUGAACAUGUCUGAAACGGAAGAAACCUCUAUUUUGAAUGAAAGUGGUGAACAAAGUGAAACUUCUUUAACUGAUGUGGAAAAUGACAGUAACAAGCAUCUUCCCGAUAUUAAUAAUAAAAAACUAGUUCCUUAUGUCAAAGAUUCAGAUGAUUAUUCAUCAUAGUAGCCUAUAAUGUCAUUAAAAAAGAAUUGACAAAUGUAGUAUUGCGUUUUAUGCGAUUAUGAGAAGUAAUAUUUUUAUUUUUCCUCACAGUAAUACUACAGAAUAUAAAAAAGAUUUUAGUUAUAUAUAAUGCAUUGUAAUAUGCUUUGUACUAUACAACAUUAUUAAUUUUAAUUUUGUUUUUUCAUGUGACUAAAGUU